AAAGCUGGAUUGCACGAAUACAAAUUCAAAAAAUAGAUACUAAGUUGUUCACGAUUGUUUGUAAAAUACAAACAACAAGUCAGACAUCAGUUUGAACAUAUGAGAGAAUUAAGGAGAAGAAGUCAUUCGGUCAGGGAUUUACAAAGCAUGUCUACAGAAAUAAAAGGAAAUAAAACAACAAAGAAAAGAAAGCAUUCAUUUUCUGAUGAAGAUAAUGAUGAUGACUCUGGUAAUGGAAGACAUUCUAAAGGAAGUAGUUCCUCAGGUAAACGGAGUAAGAUUGAUCAAAGAAAGGAAGAUGAUCAGGCCUGUAUUGACAACCUAGAGGAGAUGCUGAAUAAUGCCGAAGAAACCGAAAAGUUGCUAGAAGGGUAUAUUGGCUGGCAUGAAAUGACAGUUGCUGAUGCAUUUUUAAGUAACGAUCAAGUGGAGUCGAAAGAAAAGUUGGAUAACUUCCUCGAAGAGUUGAAGCGUAUCUGCCGAAGUCAAGCUUGGGGCAUGAAAUUCGAGGAUGAUUUAGAGGGGUAUCCAAACUUUAUCGUUAUUAAACGUCGUAAAGACUUGAAAAAAGGCGAUAUGGAGCUUCUAGAAAAUUGUCAGGCAUGCAACAGAGAAAAACGGCGUUGGUCAGUAAAAGUAAAAUUACACGGUCAACCGUAUAAAAGAAAAACAUAUAAGGCGACAGGACAAUCAAAACGUGUCAGGUAUUACAUGGGAAAUUUCUGUCAUCACAGGACAAAACUUUUUCAUGAUAUCUGCCAUUUUGGCCAUGUGCUUUUUCAGAAAUGUAAGAAAAAGGCAAAGUGCAAUGAAGAUGAACCAUUGUUUCAAGAG